GCGCGCGCGGCAGUCUUUCAGCUAAUGCACUUUGCAGUGGCCAGACGGAACCUGCGUGUCUUGACAUGUGUGAACUUGGGCAGCCGAGCUGGCGGCAUCUCUGUGCUUAUGCGGCAGGGAUCCGUAGGCUGCCGUCCUGAAGAUCCAUUACUGGUAGUUUCGUUAGUGCUGGCCUUCUUCUGGGGAGUCGUGUAUCCCUCCGUCAUCAUGCGGGGACUCCGCCGCGAUAUUCCCCGCCUUUCUGAUCCGCACGUCUUAAAGCGCUGGUCCACGAUAAUCAACGGUUAUUCGCGGACAGUUUGGUGGUGGGAAGGUGCAGUAUUUGUCCGGAAGUUUGCCUUCCUGGUCCUGGAGGUGCUCCCAGUGGGCUCCGAGGCUCGCACCCUCCUCUUCGUGGUCACCUGCAUUUUGUCGCUCUAUGCGCACGAGGUAUACUUGCCUUUCGAUAGCCGCCAAAAUGGAGUGCUCAACCGCAUUGAAAGGUUUCAGCUUUGGUGCGCGCUGCUGCCGUCCUUGGGUGGCUUGAUUCUCAUGCAGGCUACAGGAAUGACUGAGUCCAGGUUGCCCUCGUAUUGGACAGCAGUGGUGGCUGCGUGCUUCGCUUGCCAUCUCGUUUUUCUAUUCGCCUGGUGCUAUGCCUUCUUUCAAAACGCUGCGCUACGUGCAGCCUCGCGGUUGGGUCAACAGUCUUGGCCGCGCCGACGAGGUCUGUUUCGUGACACUGUGAAGAUUGCCGGCGACUGGGCCGCCGCCCGUUCACAUGCAGCACCAUAUGCUGCUUUCCACGCCAUGCACGGCUUCGUUACAGUCAGCGGCAGUGGUGCCGAUGAGGCAUUGGUACCCUAUCUUCCGCGAGGUCAUGACCUGCUCAACACCAUGCCAGACUGGACAACUUACCGGUUGAGGCUGUCAUCGAUGCCACUCUUCACGCACAAGGUCAUAACACCUUCUUCCUCAGCGAGGCUGGCGCUUCACCAGAAUCUGAUGUACACCGUGGAGCACAUACUCAGUGGCCCGGGGUCGAAGUCUGUCUUCAGCGCCAGCCUCGCGGAGUUCGCUUUGCGUGCAGCCUUCCUGCUCUUCGGAGAGGAUGCCCGAAAAGUGCACAAGAACAGGCAAGCGCCGCAGGACGUGACAAGGCAAGCCUUGGACCGAGCGACCGUUGCUCGUGAUCCGAUCCUAAUGCGAGAUGCAAAUGACGCGGGUGAUCAAAGCGACGACGACGACGAUGACCCCGCGGGAGCCAAGGAGGCCCGGUCGAAGGCGGCGAGCGCGGAACUUGCCAAGGAAUUGUGUCGCUGCAUGGAUGUCCUGUCGUCUUGGCCAGCCUUUGCCUCCGUCCAGCGAUUGGCAGCUCGUGUGAAAGCCGAAGGCCGAAGCGUUACAAAGACUGAUUUGGAAAGCCUUCAUGCGGCUGGUGACCACAAGAUGCAGGAGACACAGCAAGAGUCCAACGCCGCAAGCGCUGCUUACCUCACAUCCGACAGCGAAGAUGAAGAAGACGGACAGGAGCAUAGCGCCUCAGAUCUCCGGAAAGAUUGCGGAUCAAAGGUGUCGGCCAUGUUCUCGGAUUGGCCCUAUCUUCGUGGACUCUCUUUGGGAGACCUACAGAGGGGCCUUGCGUUAGUGCGACAAGUUCCGCGUCAACAACUUGUGGUUUGGCUGGAUGUCUUCGAAGAGCAUCGGGUACCGGAGCUGCUCCGGGCAGACCAUGUUCUUCGGCGUUUUGCUGUCCUCCGCGAGGCGAGCGCGGAAACGCAUCUCGUAGCGUAUGAUCGGUCUGUUGGUUUCGGGCCACAGCCCACGUGGACUGCCAUGGUACAGCAGGAACAGACAAAGCUCCAUGUGGCGUUGAAAUGGGCCCGGCUCCUCUUUUGGUAUGCGAGUGGCCAGUUCGUCGUGUUCAAGGUGGCGCACCUGAAAUGCAUAAGGGAGAAGCGGCGAGGAAUGGUGAAGAUCGACAUCGCAGAGGCUCCAGUUGCUGCAGACCGCGCGCCUGGUCUAGACGCAAUUCGCACCUUUAACGUCAACGUUUCAGCUCUUGUCGUGUCCGAUCAGGCACGCGCAAUAUAUAGGGUCUUGCCACAAGAAGCCCAAGGUGGCAGCAAGAUCACUUCGGUCCAC